CCCAGAUUGAAGGCGGCUCCAUUAGGCGUUUUUUGGCGGGCAACCAUAUUAAACUGUGCUGACAGCCUGUCAGCAGGUCAUGCCCACUAGCAAGGCAACUACAUUUAUUAAAAACUGAAAACCGCCAUUGUUCCUUCGAUCAACCUGAAGUAUCAUCAUUAAUCGAUAUUUAACCUCUCCAGAAAAUAUAUAGAAAACAAUCAUGUCCGCCGACUCUAAUUCCCCGCGCGCUAUUGCCCAUCGCUACAUCUCCAACUCUCGUUUCCACCGCCGCUACACACUCCCCGCCACGGCGGAUCAUGACAGCCUCACUUUCACCUAUGCCGAUGUCGGAUUCACUCCAAGCUCGGCGAAUCUGAAUCCUCACACCAUCCUCUUCAUGCCAGGCAUGUUCGCUUCCCGGUACCUCGGCGUAUUUAUACAUGCAAUCGCCGAGAAACUCGGCGUGCGUGUUUUGAUUGUCGAUCGCCCUGGAAUGGGCAAUUCCACCGACGUCCCGCUAGACCGACGACUCUCCAUCUGGGUCGAAUUAGUGCCCCGUCUCCUGGCACAUCUAGAAAUCGAACAUGUAGCGCUGGUCUCACAUUGCGCGGGGACCAUCUACCUAUUGAAUACCCUAUUUUAUUGUCGUGAACUUCUCCAUCCGGAGAAGCCAUUCGUCGCCUUUUUAGCACCCUGGGUUGACCCCUCUUAUUCCCACGUCACGUCCAUGCAAAUGGCCCAAUAUGUACCAGUAAAAGCAUUUAAUGUGUGGAACCAGAUUCCAAAGUUCUUUCUUUUGAAAGCGGGCCCGGCUUUUACAUCGAGUGGAGUUGCUAUCACGAAGAGCUCGAAUGUUAUCUCCUCCGGCUCUGGUUUCAGAAGCGCUGGCGAGAACGAGACGGAGUUGGAGAGAAACCGGCGGCAGAUUGAGAACGAGUACUCACUCUCGCGAGGAGUGCAGGCCGAGCUCGAUAGUCUGAUGUUCCAGUUCAUGUUCGAGGAAAGCACUGUCGGUGCAAACAGUGAGGCUUUACAGUGCUUGCGGAAGGGAUCGGAUAGUGGGAAGACGUGGGGAAAGUGCGAGGACUACGGGACCUAUGUGAAGGAGUUGGUGGAUCUUGAGAGAAGGAGGCAUAGACGGACAGGAGAGGAAAAGCUAAAGGUAAGGGCGUAUUUCGCGGGGAACGACUCGAUGAUUGGGAAAGCUGGCCAAGAGUACGUGGAGGAGUGUUGGGCAGGCAGUACGGGGGAAUUCAAGGAUGCGCUUGAUUUCGAAUCGAUGACCUUUGCAGAACUGGAGCACGACAGUUUAGUUCAGUCUGCUGAAGUUUUGAAGAGCAUUUUCCUCCAUGCUGGAGGAAAUAUGCCGAAUGAUACUGAGUGAAAUUGAGCUCUCCUUAGACCAACCUGGUUAUAUAUAAUACCAUCUAGAAAGGACUCUGCGGGAUUCUGGAUGUCACAGCGUAUCCGCCAAACAUCUACAUUACUCAUCCCUCUCUACAUAUACUCGGCUUCAAAUGAUUCAGGAGAGAAGAAAACGAUAAGACGUAUCAAUCACUAAUGUCUAGA